GCUCCUGGUUCACAGCUCAAUAAAGUGAAUGGAGCGUGUGAGUUAUGUGCAAUAGGGGAGUAUCGUGGAAAUGGAUCGGGCUCAGAAUGUUUAUCAUGUGACAGUUCACAAUCUCAGUACGCACCAAACAGAGGUAGUACAGAGUGUUACUCCUGUGAUAAUGGACAUGUUGAAGUUGAGAAUCAGACCUGCACUCCUUGUCCUCCAGGAAAGAAAGCCAAUAAUGAUGGGAAGACAUGUGAUGAGUGUGGCGCUGGAAACUACUUUGAUGAAACUGAUGCGGAAUGCAGGGACUGUGAGGGUUACAAGUACUCGUUACCUGGUUUUAGUAAAUGUUACUUCUGUCAAGCUGGAUAUGAAGUCACUGAUGAUAAAAGUGGGUGUAGUGCGUGUCCUCCAGGACAAUACAACGACAAGCCUCAAGAAAGUAGAUGUAAACCAUGUGAAGGUGAUGAGCUUACAACCAACCUUCACGGUCAAACUCAAUGCAACGUUACUAUCGAUUAUCAUUGAAACUGAGGAGAGCAUCGAGCAACUGAGGAACGAAACCAUGAAAACAGAAGAGGUUUCCCCAAGGGAUAUCGAAACAGUUAUUAAAAAGAUGACGGAUGAAAAGGUCGAGACUGUCUUUAGCAGCGUUACUGACACAACAGACGUCUUCUUGGUACAAAAUGCUGCUGAUGCCAAUACAACCAUCGGAGAUUCUAACAUUCGUAUAACUGUUAACCAAAAUAGCAACAUCAAGAAUCUAGCAGCUCUUAUUUACAAGGACAACACUGCUUUUCAGCCACCACCAAAUCCAACCAGAGGAAGUUCUACCAUUGCAGGAAAGGUUGUAGGACUGCAGCAUACAAAACGUGCUACAAACUCCACGGAUAUAUCCUUUAGGAUGAAGUUUGACUUCGUGGAUAUCAGAAAACCAGAGAAAAAACUCAGACAGAGGGUGAUAAAGGAGUGUAGAUACUAUGAGACAACCAGCAACAAGUGGUCACCAACAGGGUGUACUACAAGAGUGACAGAGGACGGGUCUGUAGAGUAUGAGUGUGAUCACAUGACCAGUUUCGCUGUUAUCAUGACGUUAACGAACAAGUCGAGCGUAGCUGAAGACGGUGUUUCACGAACUUUAUUGGGUUUAAGCCUAUCGUGCUUGCUUCUGGCAGUUUCAGCGAUCUUACCUAACAAGGCAAUUUUGUCGAUGUUUCCGAACUGGAUCCAUCUUAUGCUAAUGUUAUCUCUCAUUCCCUCUAUUAUCUGCUUCCUCUUGAUAGACAUCGUUGCAGAUACCGAGGGUAAUCCGAGCACAUCAUGUUCAACUAUUGCGUUUCUACUGAACUACUUUUGGCUAUGUCAGUUGAACUGGAUGGUUAUAGAAGCGGUAACCUUGUACAAAGCAGUAGUGCAAGUAUUUAACACUUACAUUAGAGCAGCAAAGCUGAAGUACUGUAUUAUUGGCUGGGGCCUUCCUCUUAUCUUUCCUAUACUGGGAUUUGUUUGGGGUGGUAAACAGUUCGUUAACCCAGAAACAUGCUUUGUGAGGAAAUCCUUCGGACUCGUCACUUUCUAUGCUCCCAUGGCAUUUGGGAUUAUGGUAAAUUGGAUAUUGUUUUUCUUCAUCAUUCGAGCUGUUUUUAAAGCCACGACGGCCAGAGCUGAACAAACGGAAAUGACAAAAGUAAAAAUGAGAGUGAGACAGCUUAGGUCCGCGUUAUUUGUUACAACCUUGUUGGGACUGGGCUGGAUUGUUGGGUUCUUCCUCCUGGUAGACAGUACGGACAGUGAUUUGUCACAAAUCAUCAGAUGGACUUUUAUUUUAGUGAACACCCCACAGGGUGUGUUCAUAUUCAUAUUUCACGUUCUGCUAAAGGAGGAUGUAAAAACGUUCUGGGUGCAUGUUUACAAAUUGAUGGUUCGAGAGAGCAGAGCGUGGAGUUUUGACCGGUUACAAUCAGAUGAGAGAGACAAUAAGAAUCAACCAGCAGAUGAGACUGAUCAAACAUCAGAAAACGAAUGUUAAUAAAGGUGUAAAAGAUGGUGUAAAGAAACGGAACAAAAACGAGUUUAGUCGGGAGCUAAAUAAAUUUGU